AUGAAGGAUACACCAAAAGAAAAACGCAACCGUUUAUUACGGCCACCGCAACUAUCCUUGAUUCUUAGCGAUAACAAUGUUCUCCAACUGGAGGAGCAACAACUUCAAGAUGCACUCGAAAAGAGUCGAGAAUACUGGUAUCAAAUUGCAACUUUUGCCUUUCACCUGCGGGGAUCAGGCUUAAGUUCAGAGUUCACAAAUCCCCGUCUCGCUCUACACAGAAUCCCGAAACUUCAAGCCCGGUCUGAACGACUUCCCGUUCGCCCAUAUGGAAUGACCCCUAUACGCAGUCUUUGCUGCGAAGCUUCUUCAGUCUGGACUCUGUCAGCAGAUCAGGAUUGCGGUAAACUCAAGAAGCAGAAGUCACACCUCACCUUCGUCCAAGUUGGCACUGCUGCUGCUACUUCUUUCAGCUUCACUGAGGGCGCGUUCAGUUUAUGGAACGGCAUGAGCGAAGAACAUUCCAACGUACCCAAUUAUCUGGGAAUCCUCGCUCUUGGAUGGUGCUAUGUGCUAUCUGCACAGCUUGUUGAGAUGCGAGGUGAAGAGUCUUCUAUGCAGUACACUCAAUGCCAGACAGGAUACAGCAAUGAGAGUUUACCCGAUUCCUCACAAGUCUAUGUCAUCGAUGUUGGGGAGGUGGACGAGAGCGUAGCUCGCUGGUGGUCUGCAAUACUUGCACCGAAUGAAGGAUGGAAAGCUACCGUGAAACAAACGCCCCAAGGGGAAUUUUUGGCCCCGUGGUCGGUUUCCCGUACCUGCGAAACGCAAUUCUCGAUCAAAUAUUGGGGGACCAUCUCUCCAGACCCUCACAGGACGCUCUUAUCCUCACGGAGAGCUUUUGAGGCACUUGUUGAAUUCGCACGUCUGCAUGGAUUGCAAGGCCAAUUCCCCAUUGCUCUUACGAUGGCUCUGGCAAUCCCCACGCAUAAGUAUUAUAGAUUGCCUGCCAAACUGCCUCUUCCCCGAGCUACUGGCUCUAAACCAUUCGAUACACCCAUGGAUGCUGAAUGGAUGAACUUGAAAGAAGACUUGCCCUACUACAUGACCCUCAGUUGCAGCCCGGAAGUAAUGAUGUCGACCUUCUGUGGAGCAUUCUGGGAGCAAGAUGUUCCCUGCAAUCUCGUCAGCCCAUGGUUACACCCGAUCAUCAAUGAAGUUCUAGGUGCUUUACCAGAAAGUGAACUAGAAGUCCUUGCGUUCAUCGGUGCAAUCCGCCAGCCAUGUUUCAGCGCAUUCUGGAUCGGGGCGAUCGCUAGCGGCCUAGGUUCAGAGAUUCUCCACAGAGUAAGAGGAGGCCAUCCACCUCUUGACCGGGUCGCCUUUCCCUGGACGGGGUGUCCACAGAGCUUCAUGGACCUUGCAGGAUCGGGCCCGUACACUUGCAAACACGAAAAUUACAUCUUGAGAGAAGAUGUCUGGCGAUUAACGCAUUAUCCUUCAACCGACGGGGACAAUGAGAGCUAUAAACAUGGCCCUAGGGUACCAUGGGCGCCGUGCGGAGCAUCUCUCACAAAGGAUUGUGCUCUGUAUGUCACGGCACACUUGGACUGCCCCCGACAUGGGUACGAGUAUGAUCAUUGGGAGUGGUACUUGCCGGAUGGUAAUAUAAUGCAGGACCGAGGUUUCUCGGAACAACUUGAUCAGGAAGCUUCGAGGGAGGCCUCGGGGCAAGUGUAUUUAUGGUUCUUUUUCGGUGGGGAAGGACUACCCUCGGAAAGUAUUUACCAGGAGGAUUGGCUCAAGGAGAUAUGGGAAAAUAACAUGAGUGAGUUUGGCGGCGGCGAGUUUGACGAUAGAGAGGUACCGGAACCGGUCGUCAAGUCUGGGGAGUUUGUUGAUUCAUGGCUUGAUACUCUUAGUUGA